AUGCUCUUCUGGCGUUGUCUGCUCAUUAUUAUUGUGCUUUUGACAUUCAUAUUAGCUGCUAUUACAUCCAAUAUAACGAAUAAUAAUAAUAAUAAUCUGAUUCAAUCAUCGAUAAUUAGUAAUGAAAAAUCUAAAGAACAAUUUGAUUUAUUUCUUAUACCAAUUUCAGCACCAUCAUCAUCAUCGGCAGCUAAUCAGAAUGAAUGUCAAGAGCCUUGUUCUAUAGACUAUUGUUUGAAAUAUAAAUCAAUUAAUAAAGAUUGUACUCGACUAAUACGUGAUCAAUGUAACUGUUGUACCGUUUGUCUUCGCAGUGAAAAUCAAGCAUGUGGAGGACGUCUAAAUGUUUAUGGUUUAUGUGAACAAGAUUUAUUAUGCUAUAAAUCUAAUAAAACAUCAAAUAAUCUUCUUGAGCAAACUGGCAUAUGUGUUAAAGCAUGUCUAAAAUAUGAAUGUUUAAUUGUCAGCAUCAAGAAUAAAACAAUAUGCGAAUGCGCAAAUCGGCGCGUACCCUGUAAUAUUAAUCUUCAACGAAAUGCUAAUAAUAAUAAGACAGGUCAUUAUUGUCAACCCCAAUCACUAUCUCAACAAGAACGAGAAUUAAGCUCGGUGAAGACAAAUGAUGGUAAGCUAAACUCUAUCGUUGCUAUACGGUAA